AUGAAGACUCGUUCUCCUUUCUGUUGGAACACAGCUUGCAUGUUGACCAUGGAUGAGUGGUUGGACUGCAAGAAGAUGUUUUUGGCCUUGAUGAGUGAGCUUCCUCUGGGUCUUUUUGACGAGCAGAACAUCGACAGGGAAGGACGAAAAGAGGAAACAAUCGACAAUGCGAGCGCAUCUCUUAGAGCUGGAGUCAACGACUAG